UGUGUGCCCACAAGAGCCAGCUCUCCCGAGCCAUAACCUUCCCAUCCCGAGAGCUGCAGUUCCAGCCACAGCAGCAAGAAGCACAGAGCCGGCGACCGUGGCGGAGGCAGGAGCAUCCUGGGCUAGUUGCAGGGUGUCCCCAGGUUCCGGAAGGCGAACAGAGAUACCUUCUGAGAGCCAAGCAAAGUACAUUAAGGACGAAAGGAGGAAUGAGCUUGGAUCCAGUGCAGUGAAAAGAGACGCACGCAGGAAGGGGGAACUCACCACCCAGAGACUCAAGAGUCUGCCUUGCCAUCAGCAUGAGAACUUACCUGUGCUUCUUGCUGCUCUUUUGGGUCGACCAGCCCUACUCAACUUUCUCAAGCCCAUUAUCUAAAAGGACUAGUGGCUUCCCAGCAAAGAGGAGGGCCCUGGAGCUCCCUGCAAACAGCAGGCAUGAGCUGAGCCGUUCGAAAAGGAGCUGGAUGUGGAAUCAGUUCUUCCUCCUGGAGGAAUACACAGGAUCCGAUUAUCAGUAUGUGGGCAAGUUACAUUCAGACCAGGAUAGAGGAGAUGGAUCACUUAAAUAUAUCCUUUCAGGAGAUGGAGCAGGAGAUCUCUUCAUUAUCAAUGAAAACACAGGCGACAUACAGGCCACCAAGAGGCUCGACAGGGAAGAAAAACCUGUUUACAUCCUUCGAGCUCAAGCUAUCAACAGAAGGACCGGGAGACCUGUAGAGCCUGAGUCCGAAUUCAUCAUCAAGAUCCAUGACAUCAAUGACAAUGAGCCAAUAUUCACCAAGGACGUUUAUACAGCCACGGUCCCCGAGAUGGCUGAUGUUGGCACGUUUGUGGUCCAAGUCACUGCCACUGAUGCUGACGACCCAACCUAUGGGAACAGUGCUAAAGUUGUCUAUAGCAUCCUCCAGGGACAGCCCUACUUUUCAGUGGAGUCGGAAACAGGUAUCAUCAAGACAGCGUUGCUCAACAUGGAUCGAGAAAACAGAGAACAGUACCAAGUUGUGAUUCAAGCCAAGGACAUGGGCGGCCAGAUGGGAGGACUGUCGGGCACCACCACCGUGAACAUCACGCUGACAGAUGUCAAUGACAAUCCACCCCGUUUCCCCCAGAGUACAUACCAGUUUAAGACCCCCGAGUCCUCUCCACCGGGUACACCGAUUGGCAGGAUCAAAGCCAGUGAUGCUGACAUGGGAGAAAACGCAGAGAUCGAGUACAGCAUCACAGACGGUGAAGGACAAGACAUGUUUGACGUCAUCACCGACCAGGAAACCCAGGAAGGGAUUAUAACUGUCAAAAAGCUCUUGGAUUUCGAAAAGAAGAAAGUGUAUACCCUCAAGGUGGAAGCCUCCAAUCCCCACGUCGAGCCCCGAUUUCUCUACCUGGGUCCCUUCAAAGACUCAGCCACAGUGAGAAUUGUGGUAGACGAUGUGGAUGAGCCUCCAGUCUUCAGCAAACUGGCCUACAUCCUGCAAAUACGAGAGGAUGCGCAGAUAAACACAACCAUAGGCUCUGUCUCAGCUCAGGAUCCUGACGCUGCCCAGAAUCCCGUCAAGUAUUCUGUGGAUAGACACACAGAUAUGGACAGGAUAUUCAACAUUGAUUCUGGAAAUGGUUCAAUUUUUACAUCGAAACUUCUCGACCGGGAAACACUGCUGUGGCACAACAUCACAGUGAUAGCAACAGAGAUUAAUAAUCCAAAGCAAAGCAGCCGUGUGCCUCUAUACAUUAAAGUUCUUGACGUCAAUGACAAUGCCCCAGAAUUUGCUGAGUUCUAUGAAACCUUUGUCUGUGAGAAAGCAAAGGCAGACCAGCUGAUUCAGACCCUACGUGCUGUUGACAAGGAUGACCCUUAUAGUGGACACCAGUUCUCAUUCUCUUUGGCCCCAGAAGCAGCCAGUGGCUCAAACUUUACUGUACAGGAUAACAAAGACAACACCGCAGGAAUCCUGACUCGGAAAAAUGGCUAUAACAGACACGAGAUGAGCACCUAUCUCCUGCCUGUGGUCAUUUCAGACAACGACUACCCAGUCCAAAGCAGCACUGGGACAGUGACUGUCCGAGUCUGUGCAUGUGACCACCAUGGGAACAUGCAGUCCUGCCACGCCGAGGCCCUCAUCCACCCCACGGGGCUGAGCACAGGGGCUCUGGUGGCCAUCCUUCUGUGCAUCGUGAUCCUACUAGUGACAGUGGUGCUGUUCGCAGCUCUGAGGCGACAGCGAAAGAAAGAGCCUUUGAUCAUUUCCAAAGAGGACAUCAGAGAUAACAUUGUCAGCUACAACGACGAAGGUGGCGGAGAGGAGGACACCCAGGCCUUUGAUAUCGGAACCCUGAGAAACCCCGAAGCCAUGGAGGACAGCAAAUCGCGCAGGGACAUUGUGCCUGAAGCUCUUUUUCUCCCGCGACGGACUCCAACAGCUCGCGACAACACGGAUGUCAGAGAUUUCAUUAACCAAAGGUUAAAGGAAAAUGACACAGAUCCCACGGCCCCGCCCUACGACUCCUUGGCCACCUAUGCCUACGAAGGCACCGGCUCUGUGGCCGACUCGCUGAGCUCGCUGGAGUCAGUGACCACAGAUGGAGACCAAGAUUAUGACUAUUUGAGUGACUGGGGCCCUCGGUUCAAAAAGCUAGCGGAUAUGUACGGAGGGAUGGACAGUGACAAGGACUCCUAAUCCGUUGCCUUUUUUUUUUUUUUUUUCAUUUUCCAAUAUGACACUGGAAUAUGUGAAGUGGCUAUUUCUUUCUAUUUAUCCACUAUUCCGUGAAGGGUUCUCUGUUGUACCCGUUCCAAAAGUCAAUGGCUGCAGUCCGUGCGGAUCCAAUGUUAGAGACUUUUUUCUAGUACACUUUUAUGAGCUUCCAAGAGGCAAAUUUUUAUUUUCUAGUUCACGCAGUUAACCAAGUUAGCCCAGCAGGCACGCGGGGGAGGAGAGGAGGGGACAGCGUUUUUUCCCUUGUUCUCUUAGGGCAGGUUGGCCACACGCUCCUUACUGCUGGCCUGGACACUACUUUUGUUCAUGGCCUCAAGUCAGCUGAAUGCUCCAACUGUACGUUUCCCACGCUACUGGGAGAAGGGAUCAUACUUUACUGAUAAAAAAUAUAUAUAUAUAGCUUUAGCAUAAAAGAAAAACACAAAAGGAGGCAACAAUUGGGGAAUUGUCCUUGGUCUAUCAACUCUCAAGGAGAUAAUCAGCUAUGGAAGGGUUUGUAAGAGUGUAUGUGUGUCAUAGAAUUUAAGGUGGCAACUGGGGCAUCCUGUCUGUGCUGGAAGAGGCGUUUCUGGCACCAACAACUACUCGUAACAUCAAAUCCCUCCGUGUUUUAUAAUUAUUUAGAAGCAAAUCAAAUGGUAACAUUCAGACAGUAACAAAAAGCAAGGCUGUAUUCCUUGACACUCAUGAUGUGCUGCGUAUGAGAAACAUGAAAGGUCACCGUCGCACCAAAGGGAAAAAGAAAUAGCUAAAAAACGUUAACAAGGGAAAGAUUUGGUAAAUUUCAAGGUUUUUGUGCCACCCACUGUAUCACCGAUCCCUUAAUUCUUCCAACUAUCAGCAAACUAAUGAGAAAUAUGUCUAGUCAUGUAAAAGUUCUUGAGAGAAUUUUCUGA